AUGGGUUGUUCUACUUCAAAUAGUGCCUACUUAAAUAAUCCUGGAAAUGCACCUAAGGCUGAAGUUAUUUUUAUUUUGGGAGGACCUGGAUCAGGUAAGGGUACACAAUGUGAGAGGAUGGUUAAAGAUUAUUGCUUUUUGCACAUUAGUACUUGA